CAACCCACUUUCAAUUAUAUUUUUUAAAAUCUGUGUCAGGUCGACUUGAGCCAAAUAUUAGUGGGAGGGUGCAGAUUAUUUGGUUGAAUGGAAAGAAAGAAUUGUCAUAUUUGAAUAUAUAUAUCUCCCUUUCUCUCUCUAAAAUUCUCUCUACCCACCAUGGACAUCCGGUGACUGCCCCACCGUCGCCGGCCACCACACCCUCCACCCUCCAAUCUGCCGCUCCUCCCACCAUGGCUCCACGGUAGGCCCUGACUCCCAACACCCUCACGACACCAACUCCAUCUCCCGAACCUCAAGAAUCUUUCGAGGCCGAAGCUGCCCUAAGGCCACGGUGACCCAGCCUGGUCUGCCGAGCAUGUCGGCCCCAAUGAACAACAGCCCUCAAGACCGCCCCGACCAGGCUCGGGAUUCCUCGGACGGUCUGAACUUACUCACAUCGGAACAUCCGAUGGUCUUCCGGUGCGAAAGAAAAUGCCUUCUAAGGCUUCUGGAGCCCGAUUCAAGCAGAGGGAAGAUACCCCGGCGCCAUCUACCAAAGGGGAUGGUCGAAAACGGUUUGAUGCUUCUCCCCUUCCGGAGGAUAAACAAGUCUGCAAAAGGCUGGACUUUGGAUCCGGCAACACCCCUGCAACUGAAGCUUUCGUGCGCGAGGAAGAAAAUCACCUGGCGAGCCACCAAGCCGGAGAGACGAAUAGCCUCUUACCGGGAAAAUCCGAUAUCUCCCCUACUGAACUAGAGCGAGAAAUGAGAGUCAUCUGCUAUAUCCCCACCGCCACACCUGAAAAGCUAUCGGACUCCGGCUGUUCCGACGUCGCCGACGAGAUGGCCGUCGUUGUUGAAGAAUAUUGCCGGCUGGGGCACUCUAGCACAAAGGACGUGGUGUUAGAUGGGACAAAAGGAGCCUUGAAAGGUGAGAAGGUUAACUUUGAUCAAAAUAGACAUAGAUCUAAAUCAACUUUCCAAAAGUCCCUUGUUGCUUUGCCACAUGAAUGAGUCACGUGUGGACCUAGCCGUUGAGGCUCCAAUGGUGCCAAAAAAGGACACCCUACUCCAGAUUGCUAAUCUUGACUCGGGGGAGAUGCUAGAUUUCACGGCUGCUAAGCCCCUCCUCACCUCCAUUCAACCGGAAGCUGGCCACUCGAAUGAAGAGACCUUGCAUAUGCCUACUCCGGCGGCUGCCACCCUUUUGCCGCCCCCCUCGGCUGCAUUUGUCCCACCGUUUGAUGAGUUCCCUCCCCUCGAACGAGGUAUUACGCUGAAGCUACGGGAUGCCUUCGAGAAGGCCAUGCCAAACCCGAGACCGGCGGUGGCUGGGCCCCGGAAGAAGACGGAAGGGCCUGCUUAUCGGAAUAGCUUGAUUGCCGGAAGCCCAAGCACGGCUGGGGAGAGACCUAGCACAAAUUUGAUAGACCCCAGGCAACCCAAAGGACAUGAGGAGGCGUCGGGAAACUCUAGCAAGCCAAAGACCAUGGCUGACUUGCUCCGAGGGAAAUCUGACCUAACUGGGCCGCAAGUCUUCGAGCCGGAGAAAAUCCAGAACAUCGGGAAAGCAACCCUCUCAAUUGGGAUUCCUGCCAUCUAUUUCUCCGGGGUCGAAAUUCAGAAACUAGUCGGGCACGCAAUUGUUGUUGAUCUUGGAAAUACAUUAAGGGGGCGUUUGGUUGGUCAGUUAGGGAGCCUAACUGGGCCAUUUCUAAGUUUAACUGAUGUUUGGUUCGUCUGUUAGCGUAACUUGAUGGCCCGACUUUUGGGCCAAGGCCCGGCGAAACAGCCCCUUUUCUUCAGAAACCGUAACUCACCUCCUCACCUCAUUUACCGUAACUCCCCCUAGAGAAAUGGCACAUUGAUUGGAAAUUUCCCCAAUUAACCCCAACCUUCCAAUUUUUCUUUCCCAAGAAUUCGAAUUGACAAGAUUUUCGCUCCUCUUCCUUCUUCGCGUCGAAGAAGACUGACCCAAGGAGAAAGCUCACUAAUUCCGGCAAGGGCGGCCAUUUUCAGUCGACGAGCAUUUGAAGGGCCUAAAGAAGGUGGAGUUAGAGGAGAUUCCAUUUAUAAUGGAUCUGCUGGAUGAAACAAAUGUAGAGUUUGUGCAGGUUUAUAGCUGCUUGUUACCUUCAAAAACUGCUAGGUAAUGCAUUCUUCUCUAAUUUUCCAAACUCAUGCUUUUUAUGCGGUGGAUGAUAUUUAAUAUGAUGUUACAAAACCAAAUACAUGGGAUAUAGUUGACUGUUUCUCUUGCAUCGUAAGUCUGUACAUUUCCUUGUAUUAUUAUUUGUUUGUGUAUGAGUUUGCAAUAAAUCAAUACAUGAUUAUGCUGAAAAUGGCUUGUCACUAUAGUUUUCUCUCAAUCUCCACAUCUCCGCGAUCGAAAUGGCGGUGAGAAAUGCUCUACUCAAGCACCUCAGAGUGAACGCCACCGCUUUGCCGUAGCUCCAAAACCCUACCGGCGGCCUGUCUCACCUGUUCAGACGCAAUUUCUCUUCAUUCCAGUAAAAGCUAUGCUGAGAUGAUGUUUGAGUUUGUUUUUUUUUUCAUUUUUCUGUAACAUCCCAGAAUUUUAUUUUAUUUUUUUCUCACUAUCUCCAGAUUCCAUGUGUAAUUUGGAUUUUGCUUUUUUCUUCAUAAUCAAUGUCGAUGGGAUACUCCAUUUAUGAUCAAAACUCUGUUAGAUCUCCCC